CAGACUUCAUCCUUUUUGAAUUUAAAGAUGAAGUUGGGGCCCUAGUCAUUGAUUUUGGUUCUCAUUCACUGAGAGCUGGAUUCGCCGGUGAAGAUACUCCGAAGAUGGACAUGCCAUCCCUCGUCGGAACGAUCCCCGCUACUGAUACUAAGCCAGUACGUCGAAUCGUAGGCCAGAAUGUCAUGGUGGCUCGUGGAGGCAUGGAAUUACAAUCGUUCCUCAAAGAUGGUCUUAGUAGGUUUCAUCCUCUGUUCCUCAUUCCGGGACUAGUUGAAGAUUGGGAUGUUUUUGAAGAUGUGAUGCAAUAUAUAUUACAAUAUCUAGUGCCGGAGGAAAGUAAUCACCAUCCCAUUCUGUUUUCCGAACCGGCAUGGAACACUAAGAAUCACAGGGAGAAAAUUGCUGAGGUUCUCUUUGAAAAGUUUAAGAUACCUGCUUUCUACGUGGCAAAGAAUGCAGCACUGACCUGUUUUGCGAAUGGUCGCCAUACAGGACUUGUGCUAGACAGCGGGGCUAUUCAUACGUCAGCUAUCCCUGUUUACGAUGGCCUUGUGCUGACCCAGGAGACCGUUCGAUCACCGCUUGCUGGCGACUUUUUACUGCAACAGGCACAACGUCUGAUGGAUGAAUUGAAUGUAGAAUUAGUACCUUACUACAAGGUUGCCUCAAAGGAACCUGUCAACGAACGCGAGCCGGCAAAAUGGAAAAAGAGAACAAAUCUCCCGGAAACUACAACGUCCUACGAAAAUUUCAUGAUCAAAAACCUCUUACAGGACUUCGUUGCAUCCGUCCUUCAAGUGUCCGACGAACGUUAUGAUCAAAGCCAAGCAGAUACCUUUCCCAUGGUUGGCUAUGAGUUCCCCAACGGCUACAACUUCGAAUUAGGACAUGAGCGGUUUCAAAUCCCUGAGGCCCUAUUCGAUCCAUCAAUUCUACAGGAGUCUGGAGGAAGUUCCAUGCUCUCCAUGAGCCAUAUUGUGGCCAGCAGUAUAAGUCUAUGCGAUAUUGAUAUAAGACCAAGCUUGUAUAGUAACGUUGUGGUUGUAGGAGGUACCAGUCUGAUCACCGGUUUCACGGAUCGACUUCAACGAGACCUGAACAUGAAAACCCCACCGAGUAUGCGUUUAAAGGUGAAUUUCCCCAGUACUGUAGUGGAGCGCCGUUAUUCCAGUUGGAUCGGAGGAUCUAUUCUGGGCUCUCUGGGGACGUUCCAACAAAUGUGGAUCUCAAGUCACGAGUACAGCGAGUUAGGCAAGGGAUGUGUGGAUAAGAAGUGCGCG